UUCUUUUCCUCUCCUGUCUGCGUCUGCUCUGUCUCCUUUCUAUCUGACUUCACUUUUGGCUUUCUUUUACAUCUUGUUUUAAUAUUACUCCGAUAUUUCGCUUCUUUUUCGUUAUUCUCCGUUCAAUUUACACUCUCCUUGUCCUUCAGUGGCCUGUCCUCCCUCGCAUCAAGCGUCGUGGCUUCAUGUUACAAGAUCGCCGAUCCUAACUUCCAUCCUGCAUUCGACUGGUUUCGCCUCGUGCGACGCCUCUUGUUUACAUUCAUCCGCUCAUGAUCGAUUCUGAGUGAACUCGGAGACUAUUUUCGCUCAUUUCCUUUUUUUUUCUCUUAUACUUCGACAGACUACCAUAAUGAAGCUACACCACAUCUCGUCCGCCCUCCUUCUCCUCCCUGCUAUCGCAACAGCUCUAGCCGACCCCAACGAUGCGAAUACGGUCGCGGAGCGCGACGUCGUCAAUGCGAACGCCGCCCUCCCGGACGUAGAGAGCCUCGCAGCGGCCCCCAAGGGCUCUCCUCGUGGGACGCUGGACGCCCCCGUCGAUGGCAAAGAUGGACGACCACAUGCGGGCCCAUGGGUGGAAACAAGCGCGGACCGUGAUCGCAAGAAGCAGGGCAGUGCCAAAUCGUCGGAUGACAUGUUUCCUCCCGACCCCAAGUCCCAACACCCAGGCCCCGACGGGAAACCGAUCCCGUACUCGAACGACGGCGUCAUGGACGAUCGAAACCGGGUAGGUCCCAAGGAGGGUACGCGGGGCACCGAGGGUGGUGUGUCCGAGAAGAUCAAGACACCCUCGUAUAACGCUGGCGAGAAGACGCCAGACACUCCGAAGGAGGCACCGCCUCCGCCGCACAGCGAGCAGCAGAAAAUGCCUCCGUCCAAGGAGGAGGUCGAGGUGAAGGACUCGAAAAAUUCGGGCAAUCCUAACCUGGGGAAGGUCGAGAAACCUGCCGCCCUGCCGGAAAAACCGCACGACAUCCCCCAUCCCAAGGCCCCGACGUCCGUCAAGAACGAUCCUCUUGGCCUCGAUAAUUCGGGGACCCGCGAUAGCUCGUCGGUGGUAGGGGGUACAUUGGUUGCUGAGGAAGAGGGCAGCGCCUUCCAUUCUCUGCUCUUCUCCUUUACCAUGAUCGUCGUCUCCGAGAUUGGCGACAAGACGUUCUUGGUCGCCGCUCUGAUGGCCAUGCGCCAUCCCCGUCUGCUCGUCUUCUCGGCCGCCUUCAGCGCCCUCAUUGGCAUGACCAUCCUGUCGGCCAUCCUCGGACACGCUGUACCCACCCUCAUCCCCAAGACUUAUACCAAAUUCUUGGCGGCCAUCCUCUUCUUCGUCUUCGGGCUGAAAAUGCUCAAAGAAGGCCGCGACAUGGCUCCCGACGAGGGCGUCGGGGAAGAGAUGAAGGAAGUCGAAAUGGAACUCGAGGAAAAGGAGCACCAGCAGCUGCGCAUGAACCGCCGCCGUUCUUCUAUUACCCCUCAUUCUCUGGAAGCCGGUCGCAUGCCCGGUCGGCGCAAGUCUCGCUCGUCGGCCAACCGCCUCCCUUCGCCGCCCGAGAGCGUCUCGUCCUCCUCAUCUCGCGAUUCGUCGCCCGGUCGGGGUCGGCGGUGGGACGACUUCCUGGUCGGCAUGAACAACCUGCUGUCGCUGCUUCUCAGCCCCGCUUGGGUCCAGACGUUCGUCAUGACCUUCCUGGGCGAGUGGGGCGACCGCAGCCAGAUCGCCACCAUCGCCAUGGCCGCGGGCCAGGACUACUGGUGGGUAACCGUAGGAGCCAUCACGGGCCACGGUCUAUGUACGGCAGCGGCGGUCAUCGGUGGAAGUGCUAUCGCAGGCCGUGUUAGCAUGCGCGUCGUGACCCUCGGCGGCGCCAUUGCUUUCUUGGUCUUCGGAGCCAUCUAUUUGAUCGAAGCGUUAUUCUAUUAGCUUGAGGCUUGGAUUUGGCUGCGAUCAGGCGUUGUGGCUGUUAC